ACUAAAGGAAGAUGGACUCCACAGAAGACCUUGACUAUCCUCAAAUCAUCUUUCAAUACAGCAAUGGAUUUUUAGUCUCAAAGGUUAUGUUCACUGCCUGUGAGUUAGGAGUGUUUGAUCUUCUGCUGCAGUCAGGACGACCUCUAUCUUUAGAUGUCAUUGCUGCACGCUUGGGUACAAGCAUCAUGGGGAUGGAAAGACUUCUGGAUGCCUGUGUGGGAUUGAAGCUUUUGGCAGUAGAGCUGAGACGAGAAGGAGCCUUUUACAGAAACACAGAAAUUUCCAAUAUCUACCUUACGAAGUCAAGUCCCAAGUCUCAGUAUCAUAUUAUGAUGUAUUACUCCAAUACUGUCUACUUGUGCUGGCACUACCUGACUGAUGCUGUGAGAGAAGGAAGAAAUCAAUAUGAAAGAGCUUUUGGUAUUUCAUCUAAAGACCUCUUUGGAGCCAUGUACAGAUCAGAAGAAGAAAUGCUGAAGUUCUUGGCUGGCCAGAACUCAAUCUGGAGUAUAUGUGGCAGAGAUGUACUUACUGCAUUUGACCUUUCCCCUUUCACACAGAUUUAUGACCUGGGAGGUGGUGGAGGAGCUUUGGCCCAAGAAUGUGUUUUCUUGUAUCCAAAUUGCACAGUCACAAUUUAUGACCUGCCCAAAGUUGUACAAGUGGCCAAAGAGCGAUUGGUUCCCCCGGAGGAGCGACGGAUUGCCUUCCAUGAAGGAGAUUUUUUUAAAGAUUCAAUCCCUGAAGCUGACCUCUACAUUUUAUCAAAGAUACUGCAUGACUGGGAUGAUGAAAAAUGCAGGCAGCUGCUGGCAGAAGUCUAUAAGGCCUGCAGACCUGGUGGUGGAGUGCUGCUGGUUGAAUCGCUCCUGAGUGAAGACAGAAGUGGACCUGUGGAAACCCAGCUGUAUUCACUGAACAUGUUGGUGCAGACAGAAGGAAAGGAGCGAACAGCAGUUGAGUACAGUGAGCUCCUUGGGGCAGCUGGCUUCAGGGAGGUUCAAGUUAGGAGAACUGGAAAACUCUAUGAUGCUGUUCUGGGGAGGAAAUGAUAAUGUCUUCUUUAUUCUGUAUUACUAAGUACAGGCAGAGAAAUGUGAUAUUCUUGUUUUAGAGGGCUAUUAUAUAUGUAGCUUUUAUCGAAGGCAGUCAACUUUUCUGUUAGCUGAUACAUUGUCAGGAGAAUCAUUAAUAAUAGACUUUUGGUGUGGAUAGGUUGUGAAUUCAGCAGCCUGAUUAGGGCUUGCCUUUGGAUUUGAAUAGCAGAGAGAGAAAUCGAUACCUGUUCCACAAUAAAUUACCCAUGAAAGAAACGUGCAGAGUUGCUGCUAACCACUUAUAUUUCUUCUUCUUUUUUAAGUUUAACAGAGUACCUGACAAAAGCAAAGCUGAAUUUUCAUUUGUGGAUUCCUGCAAAAUAAAACUGACCACUGGACUGA